UGCUGUGUUGCUCGCGCCAUUCCUACAAGCGUGUGUUUUCAUCUCCCAUUACACUACCAUUGGCAGAGCUUUAGCAGCCACAACAACAGCAGCACCGAUUCUGUUUUCUGCAGUCAUUCUUUUAGAUAUUCAGCUAUGGAUAUGGACAGUGCCAGUUCAGUGGUGCUGCAGGCCUUAACCCAAGCUACUAGUCAGGACACGUCUGAGCUGAAGCCUGCUGAGGAGCAGCUCCGACAGUGGGAGACUCAGCCAGGCUUCUACUCCGUCCUCCUGAAUAUCUUCAAUAACCACAUGCUGGAUGUGAACGUCAGGUGGCUGGCUGUGCUGUACUUCAAAAAUGGCAUCGACAGAUACUGGAGGAGAGUAGCGCCCCAUGCUUUAUCAGAAGAGGAGAAGACGUCACUGCGUGCCGGGCUCAUCACAAACUUUAAUGAGCCUGUCAAUCAGAUAGCGACUCAGAUUGCAGUGCUGAUAGCCAAGGUGGCCCGUCUGGACUGCCCCAGGCAAUGGCCAGAGCUCAUCCCCAUUCUGAUCGAGUCUGUGAAGGGUCAGGACGGCCUGCAGCAGCACCGAGCGCUGCUAACAUUCUAUCAUGUCACCAAAACCCUAGCGUCCAAACGUCUUGCACAGGACCGGCGGCUUUUCCAGGAUCUGGCGUCGGGAAUCUACAGCUUUGCCUGCUCUCUGUGGAGCCACCACACCGACACUUUCUUUCAGCAGAUCUAUGCUAGAGAUGAGACUGCAGCCCUCGGCUCACUGGAGAGAACGCUGCUCUCUCUAAAAGUGCUUCGCAAGCUGACAGUUUUUGGAUUUCAAGAGCCACAGCAGAAUAUGGAAGUGAUGGGUUUCCUGAACGCUGUGUUUGAGAGGCUAAAGCAGUUCUUGGAAUGCUGUCGGCAGGUUGGUCCAGACAGCACAUGCAGAGAAAAGCUGGAGAAGAUGAUCAUACUGUACACAAAAACUUUGUUAGAUUUCCUGGAGUACCAUCCAUGUGCAUUCAUACCCCUAAUCCAGCGUUCCCUGGAAUUUGCCGUCAGCUACCUGUUUACGCCUGCAGGGGAGGGAGUGACCUUUGAGCGCUUCAUCGUUCAGUGCAUGAACCUCAUCAAGAUGAUUGUAAAAAAUGAAUCCUACAAACCUUCAAAGAACAUUGAGGACAGUAAACCAGAGAGUCUGGAGGCUCACAAGAUCAAGACGGCGUUCUUCACACACCCCACACUGACAGAGAUUGGACGCAGACUAGUCUCACACUACUUCCUCCUCACAGAGGAGGAGUUGGCAAUGUGGGAAGAGGACCCUGAGAGCUUUGCUGUUGAAGAAAGCGGUGGAGACUCUUGGAAAUACAGUCUACGACCAUGUGCGGAAGUGUUGUUCCUGGAUAUCUUCCACAACUACAACCAGACACUGAUACCUGUGCUACUGGAAAUGGUUCAGAAUCUGCAGGGCCCAACCAAUGUGGAAGACACUGUUCAGCUGCUAAUGAAGGAUGCAGUAUACAACGCAGUAGGACUAGCAGCUUAUGAGCUGUUCGACAACGUGGACUUUGACCAGUGGUUCAAGAAUCAGCUUCUCGGAGAACUUCAAGUCAGCCAUCACAGAUACAAGUUGAUUCGCAGACGGGUGAUCUGGCUAAUAGGUCAGUGGAUCUCUGUCAAGUUCAAAUCUGAUCUUCGACCUUUACUCUACGAGGUCAUCCUCAGCCUCAUGCAGGAUCCGGACUUGGUGGUGCGGAUUGAGACUGCUACAACCCUGAAGCUCACCGUUGAUGUUUUUGAAUUCCGGACAGAGCAGUUCCUGCCAUACCUCGAGUCUAUCUUUGGGCUGCUCUUCCAGUUGUUGCAGCAGGUGACGCAGUGUGACACUAAGAUGCAGGUUCUCCAUGUCAUCUCCUGCGUCAUCGAGAGGGUCAACAUCCAGAUCCGGCCAUAUGUAGGCUGCCUGGUGCAGUACCUGCCCCUGCUCUGGAAGCAAUCUGAAGAACACAACAUGCUACGAUGUGCCAUCCUCACUACUCUCAUCCACCUGGUACAGGGCCUCGGUGCUGAGUGUAAGAACCUGUACCCUUUCCUUCUUCCUGUCAUCCAGCUGAGCACCGAUGUUUCCCAGCCGCCACAUGUUUAUUUGCUGGAGGAUGGACUAGAGCUUUGGUUGGUGACUCUGGAGAACAGCCCAGUCAUAACCCCAGAGCUGCUCAGAAUUUUCCAGAACAUGGCAGCCUUGAUGGAGUUGAGCACGGAGAACCUGCGGACCUGCUUUCAGAUCAUUAUUGCCUACUUGUAUUUGUCUGCCACAGACUUCCUGCAGAACUAUGCAGAAUCCUUGUGUCGCGCUUUCUGCGAUCUGCUGAAAGACAUCACUAAUGAGGGACAGAGCCAAGUGCUCAAGGUGGUAGAGAUAGCUUUAAAGGUGAACCCCAUACUGGGAGCCCACAUGUUCCAGCCCCUGCUGCCAGCUGUCUUCAGAGGUAUCUUGGACGGUGAGAGAUAUCCUGUGGUGAUGUCCGUCUACCUAGGAAUUAUGGGUCGUGUCCUGCUCCAAAACUCCAGCUUCUUCUCCUCUCUCCUCACUCAAAUGGCCUCGGAUCGCAGCCAGAAGAUGGACGAGUUGUUUGGCAGUGUGAUAGAGAUGUGGGUCGACCGCAUGGACAACAUCACUCAGCCAGAGAGGAGGAAGCUGUCCUCUCUGGCUCUGCUUUCCCUUCUUCCAUCCGACAACAGUGUAAUCCAGGACAAGUUCUGUGGCAUCAUCAACAUCUCUGUAGAGGCGCUGCAUGAUGUAAUGACAGAAGAUCCUGAAACAGGCACCUUCAAAGACUGCAUGCUGAUGAGCAAUUUUGAGGAGCCCAAGCUGAGUGAUGAUGAGGAGCCACCAACUGAGCAGGACAAGAGGAAGAAACUGCUAGCCCUGGAGGACCCAGUGCACAGCGUUUCCCUGCAGCAGUUUGUCUAUGAGAAACUGAAGGCGCAGCAGGCCAUGAUGGGGGACCAGGGCUUUGCGGUGCUGAUGGAGACCGUGGACACGGAGCUGGUCAGGCAGCUCCAGGAGUUCCUUCAAGGCUUCUGAAUGUUCAAUCCUUCAUUACCUUUCACAAACACCUUUGUCUACUGUUACCCUCUCCCCACAUUUUUGAAAAGUAUCAAAAAGGUUUUUAAUCUGCCCGAGAUGUGGACUGCUAAUCCAUCCCUUCCCAACCCUACCCAUGCUUUGCCUUAUCUAUAUUCAGCCCUAGCCUUGUGGACUGUCCUCAGCUAACACCCUCAUCCCUCUCUUUUUAUUUUGGAUGCUUUAUGUUGUUUUUUUUCUCAAGUGGAGUCUUUUCAGGUACUUCGAAAAAGUCGAAGUGCCUUCACAGCCACAAUCAUCACCACAAAAGAGCUUCCACUAAAUUAUUCUAGUUUAUUCUCUUUCUGGACUGGGUAACAAAUUGGCCGAGUGGUAUUAAAAGUUGGGUUGGAGGAGUAUGUAGAAAUAAUGAACUGCAGUUGCCAGAGCUGGAGCGUCGGACUGUUUUCUAUGAAGAAACGUAAAGAUGGUAGCAGAAAUGUGGAUGAACCGUACCUAAAGGACCUACAGUAAAGCAGUGUUUACAGAAUAUAUUCUUAAAAAGAGAAAAAUAGAAAUGUAAUUUUGUAUGUAUGUGAAGUAUGGAUGAUAUGCUGCAUGGCGAUAUUUUACAUUUUAUUUUGUUUUUACUUUGUGUUAAGUUCUCAUCCAUUUAAAACAAAAAUGUUUUCAUAACCAGAGGUCACUGCAACUACUGAGAGAAGUCAAGUGUUUCUGUUUCUUUUUGAGUUGGUUUAGAGAGAAUUUUAUUUCGACUGCUUAAUGGGUAAUUUUUUUUUUUUUUUAAUGGUUGAUUUAUAAGAGUGCUUAACCACAUGUUAUGUAAAUACAUACUGCUGCUAAUUAAUGGUGUGUCAGAGCACUUUAAUAACCAAAAACUGUUUCAUCUGUUUUCAUCUUUUUCUCAAAUGUACAUUUUCUCUCAUCAUUGUACUUUAACACAGUGGUAGAAAACAUCGGAGCAGUGCAGCAGUAAUGCUCAAAUUAGGCUUUAGUUGCAUAAAGAACCUCAUCUUGAACUGUUGCUAUAUUUCAUGUCGCAAUUUGUAAAACAAAAAAAACUGACUGACUGCAAGAUUAAUAAGACAAGUCUUACUGUUAGCCACUGAGGACUUUUAAGUGCUGGAGAGUAGUCUUUGAUUUAUUUGAUUUGAAAAAUGUGUGUGUUUUUUCUCCCACAAUUAAUUGUUUGGAAGUUUGGAAAACUCAUAUUAUAAAAGAAAAAGGAUAAAUGUCAGGCUAUUGGAACCAAAAUGGUAUGUGGACAUGACUCGCGCAAAAUCGAAAAUGGGGUCUAAAUGUAUAAAUAAUUUCCGUUACAAAAACGUGAUUUACUUUGGCUGCCCUGCCUUUUAUAAUCUAUUAUUUUGGAUUUUAUGUAUGAAUAUAAGUUUAUCUGCUCUUAUUGGUUUAAUAAUACCUCCCUGGGAAGGAGAUGAUGCUAACACUAGCUCCUUUGACACUGUGAUAAAGUUGAGUAGCAGUCAGUAUUACGGCCUUAUGCUUUGAGCCUUAUCUGUCCUUUACUCUCAGAAGACCUUUCUUACUAUUCAUGCUCAUCUCUUAACUGGUUAAACAGUAGAUGAUAUCCGUAGUCAUAUUCUGUUUAUGACCAAAAUUAUGAAGUUUAGAACCUAAUACAAAGUACAGUUGAGAGAUGUUUUUGGGUUAUACAUUUGAUUAUGCUGUGAUGGGAAAUAAUCCUUGUUGCUUUAUCCAAAGCAUUCAAUAAAUUGCAGUAAUUAGCCAAACUA